AUAUUACCAACGUAGCAGUCCAAAAUUACUGAAUUAGGAAACGUGAACAUCAAAGAUGUCGACGCGAGUUUCGUUUCUAGUAUAAUAAUCUUUGCCCAAAGUAUUAUAACCUAUAAACCGGAGAAAUAAUAAACACAUCUUUAAAACAUGGUUAUUCUGACUAGAUUUCUAUCUUAUAAAAUAUGGCAAAAUGUAUAUCGUUUACAGUUGUUAAAUCAAGAAAGAAGAGCGUUUUCAUCUAUCUCGCAAACAUUAGACCAAGAAAAAGAACCUGAAAACAAUUUUCAAAAGAAGAACGACAAAAAUCCAUCUGAUACAACAUAUGAAAAUCAUAGAUUUGUUUAUCCAGAAUUCUUACCUGACCCAAACUUACUAUACCGUAAUAAUGUGAGAGAAAAAUUAGAACGUCUUGAUAUGCUGGCUAGAAGAUCUGUCAUCAGUAUUCCUGAAUUUUAUGUUGGCUCUAUAUUAGCUGUAACAUAUUCUGAUCCACAUGCAAAUGGAAAAGUAAACAGAUUUGUUGGCAUAUGCAUAAUGCGAGAAGGUUGUGGAUUAAGAGCUACAUUUCUCUUGAGAAAUGUUGUGGAUGGUGAACCUAUAGAAGUACUGUAUGGAUUAUAUGAUCCAGCUAUCCAGAAAAUUGAUUGUUUAAGAUUGGAGAAAAGAUUGGAUAAUAAACUACUUUACCUUAGAGACGCACCAGAAGAAUAUAGUACAUUUCCAUUUAAUAUGGAACAUGAACUGUUAUCUCAAGGAGCAGCAGUUCCAGUUAAUGAAAUUAAAAUUCCUCUUAAAGAUAAGAAAUGGUUAGAGAAAUGGGAACGACAAGAUUUGAAAGGUGUGGUAGACUUAAUGCCAUAUGUUAAUGAUAAACGUAGAAGGAAAGCACGAGCUGCUGCUAAACCAUGGGAGAAAUUUGAUUUAAUGAAAAUUUACAGAGCGACCAUUCCACAAGAAGAGCAAGAAGAAAUAUUUUCUGAAUUACAGAUUGAACUCGGUCAAUUAGAGGUAAAAAAGAAUAUAUUGAAACGUAAGCGUACAUUUUCAAGACCAAAGAAGAGUGUAUAAUUCUGUUUAUAUUGUUAAUAAAAGUUUAAUCGUGUAGCA